AUGGGGGAUCCCAGGUUUGCUGUUCCAUAUAAUGACCCAUAUGACGCUCCAAUGAGCCCGAGCUUUUUCAAUUUCAGCAACCCCACACUAGCCGAUUUAACCUUUAAUGAUGGAGCCAGUGCAGCACUACCCCCCCAACAAAGUGAUUUUCAUCAUGGAGUUCAACAGGGUAAUGAUGGAGCCACUGCAUUGCCCCAACAACAAAGUUUUUAUCCUGGAGGUCAACAGGGUAAUACUGCACUCACCCAUCAAAGUUAUCAUGGAGUUCAACAGGGAAAUAAUGAUCUUACCUAUUCGGAAUUUGAUCCAAUGAUUCAAGAUAACUUGGUGUAUAAUAAUUUUCCCUAUGGAGGAGCAGAGAACUUUGAAGCGGGUUCAUCACAAAUGCAUGUGAAUAUGGAUCAAAGUCAGCAGACAAAUGAGAAUUUGGGGUCUCAGAAUCCCAACCAAGUAAUGGCACUUGCUGCGUAUUGGCCCCAAACACAAGCCCCCUUUUUUUGCAGUUGCUGUCAUGUCCUGAGAGAAAUAGUUUACACUAAUGGUAUUAACUUCGAAAAGCUUGAGAUACACGGAAGGCUCGGGAUUGUUACCCAUGCAAUUCACUAUAAGAAUAUCACGAAUGGGGGCCCUUCUUCAAGCAACCAUCAAUAUGAAAUGAUUGAUUUUUGUAGUAGAAGCAUUAAUGAAGUCAAGCAUUUCCUAGUAGAGUACUGUCAGGGGAAAACUAAAACAGGCUACACUAUUUUGCAAGAACAUCUCUCUGUCUAUUAUGAGGCCCUCUGCGUUGGACUAGACUGGACUGAUGAUCUAAAUGAUGACUUCACUGAUUUGAAUCCAUCAGGAGGAGCACAAGCUGAUGACAUGGAACAAGAAGCUCCUAGACUUUGCCUAGCAGCACAGUUUUUGACUAGUUAUCCUAUUGUUUUUGGGCGCAUUGCACAGAGGGAGAGAGCAGGAAGGAUGACAUUGAGUGAUUUUAGCAAUUACUUUCAUUUACCUAUUGACGAAGCAGCGAAACAAGUGAACUUAUGCCCCACUGUCAUGAAGAAAAUUUGCCGUAAGGCAGGAUUAGUUCGAUGGCCUUUCAGAAAGGUUAAGAGCCUUUCGAAACAGAUCUCAAUACUCAGAAAAACAUCAUUAGAAUCAGCAGAUGCAGCCACAAAGGCAACAACUGAAGCGGAAAUUAACAGACUUAAAGAAGAAAUGAUCCAGCAUUGUGGUGGAAUUGCGCCAACUGCAUUAAAUUUUGAGAAUGCCAACCUAUUAUAG